AUGUCAAAAAAGAAAUCAGGAGCGGAGUUCCGAAAAUUGAAAAAGAAGCGAGAGGAAGAAAGAAUACAGCUUGCCAGCACUUGGCAUAAAUGGCUGAAUAAAGAAAAAAAUUCAGAUGCCGGCUGUUCUUCAUUGACUACUUUUACUGAGGAAAAAGAUCGUUCUGCACAAGACAGUGAUAAUGAAUCGAAAUCAAAAACUGAAGAACAGAAUUUAUCUUCUCCAGAAACUACUAAUACAGAUGACAUUGUUGCUCAAGAUAAAAUUGCAGGAGAAAAAGAAUUACUGAAUGCCUUUGAUCCAGCGACAUGGCAGCGUCCCUACAGUCAUUCUUUAAUUGCUGUUCUUGUAGAAAGAGGUCCUGAGCAAGGCACAGAUACUGAUUAUUUAAAGUCUAUGGAUAACGAAGGUCGACGAUUUUCUACGAAAUGGUUAUAUAAAACUAUGCCUAAUGGAGAAACUGUAAAACGAGAUUGGUUAACAUAUAGCAGACACAAAGGAUCA